AUGGUAAGAUGGGUUAGGUUCUGGGAUGUGCCAUUAUAUAGAAGGUUGGAGACUAUGGCAGUUUUUAUUUAUGCUAUGGUUUUACCAGUUUGUUUAAUAAUGGCGUUUAAUUUAUUGGUUAUACCACUGUUUUGGGGUUUAGCGGUGCCUUAUUUAAUUUGGAUAUUUUAUAUUGAUACAAAACAAGAAAAAGGUGGUCGUAGAUUAGACUGGGUAAGAAAUUCAAUCUUGUGGAGAUAUUUUAGAGACUAUUUUCCAAUAUCAUUGGUAGUAUCAUCAAAGUAUGACCCAAAGAAAAACUAUAUUUUCGCAUACCAUCCACAUGGAAUUAUUAGCAUAGGUGCUUUUUGUAAUUUCGCAACAAACGCAAAUCAUAUUGAUCAAAAAUUCCCUGGCUUAAAAAUUCAUUUAUUAACUUUAGAAUCAAAUUUCAAAAUCCCAUUUUUAAGAGAAGUUUUAAUGAGUUUUGGUAUGUCAUCAGUUGCAAAGAAAUCAUGCGAAAAUAUUUUAAAUAGUGGACCAGGGUCAUCAAUUUGUUUAGUUGUUGGCGGGGCUGAGGAGUCGUUGGAUGCAAGACCAGGUUUAAACGAACUCACAUUAAAGAAAAGAAAAGGUUUUGUAAAAUUAGCUUUAGUAAAUGGUGCAUCAUUGGUUCCAGUUUACUCAUUUGGUGAGAAUGAUAUUUAUGACCAGGUACCAAAUCCAAGGGGUUCACUAAUUAGAAAAGUUCAAACUAAAAUCAAAAAUUUGACCGGUAUUGCACCACCAUUAAUUAUGGGAAGAGGUAUAUUUAAUUAUGAUUUCGGUUUUCUCCCAGUAAGACACAAGAUUACCACAGUGGUCGGAGAAGCAAUUGAUAUUCCAAAAGUAACAAAUCCAACAAAUGAAGUAAUCGAUCAUUACCACGAGGUCUACGUCGAAGCACUCCAAAAACUAUUUGAUAAAUAUAAAGAUAAAAUAGAUAAAGAGACUGGAGAUUUAAAGAUUCAUUAAAUAAUAAAAAAUUAAAUUAAAUAAUAAAUGUUACAAUAUAAUAUAACGAAUAGAAUUAUUUAAAUAAUCU